CUCUGCUCCCUCCAUAUAGAGUGAGGCUGGUGACAAAUUUCCCCUAAAUCAACGCGGGUCGGGUCCAGAAUAUCCUCGGUAUCGUUCCCAAUAUUACCCUGUGCGGUGGACGGCGAGGAGUUUUGCUCCUCUCGUAAGAUUCGAUUGAUGGGAACUGAGCGGAAGAGGAAGGUGAGUUUGUUCGACGUGGUGGACGACGGCUCGACGAAGGUGGCGAAGCUCAACGGUCUGGGUUCUCCCAUGCUUCCGGGAAACGUCUCCCUGUCUUCCUCUGUCAAUAAGUGGACUGGUAAGCCCUACUCCCAGAGGUACCUUGAGAUCUUGGAGAAGAGGAAGACUCUUCCUGUUUGGCACCAGAAAGAUGAGUUCUUGCAAACUUUGAAAGACAAUCAAACCCUCAUCUUGGUCGGUGAAACCGGCAGUGGUAAAACCACUCAGAUACCCCAGUUUGUCCUUGAUGCCAUUGAGGUGGAAACCCCUGAUAAACGUAGGAAGUAUAUGGUUGGGUGCACUCAGCCACGGAGGGUUGCUGCUAUGUCUGUUUCUCGUCGAGUUGCUGAAGAGAUGGAUGUGACUAUUGGAGAGGAAGUGGGUUAUAGCAUUCGUUUUGAAGAUUGCAGUAGUGCUCGUACAGUUUUGAAGUAUUUGACAGAUGGUAUGCUCCUAAGAGAAGCCAUGACCGACCCUCUUCUGGAAAGAUACAAGGUUAUAAUUCUUGAUGAGGCUCAUGAAAGGACUCUGGCAACUGAUGUUCUAUUUGGGCUUCUUAAGGAGGUCUUGAAAAACAGACCGGACCUCAAGCUAGUUGUUAUGAGUGCAACUCUUGAGGCUGAAAAAUUUCAGGGUUAUUUUUACGGUGCACCUCUCAUGAAAGUUCCUGGUCGGUUACAUCCUGUGGAAAUCUUUUACACGCAGGAGCCCGAGAGGGAUUACCUUGAAGCAGCAAUUCGAACUGUGGUGCAGAUUCAUAUGUGCGAACCUCCUGGUGACAUCCUUGUUUUUCUAACUGGAGAGGAAGAGAUUGAGGAUGCAUGUAGGAAGAUUACAAAAGAAAUUAACAAUUUGGGAGAUCAAGUGGGCCCAAUUAAAGCGGUUCCUCUUUAUUCGACACUCCCUCCCGCAAUGCAACAGAAGAUUUUUGAACCUGCUCCCCCGCCACUGGUGGCAGGUGGUCCUCCUGGAAGGAAGGUGGUUGUGUCUACAAAUAUUGCAGAGACGUCAUUGACUAUAGAUGGUAUAGUAUAUGUUAUAGAUCCAGGGUUUGCAAAGCAAAAAGUUUACAACCCCCGAGUCCGUGUUGAAUCUCUGCUGGUCUCUCCUAUUUCAAAAGCAAGUGCUCACCAAAGAUCUGGACGUGCUGGAAGAACACAGCCUGGAAAAUGUUAUAGACUUUAUACAGAAAAGAGCUUUCAAAAUGAUCUUCAACCACAGACAUAUCCUGAAAUUCUCCGAUCAAACCUUUCUAAUACUGUUUUAACUUUAAAGAAACUAGGGAUUGAUGACCUGGUCCAUUUUGAUUUUAUGGAUCCACCCGCACCAGAAACAUUGAUGAGAGCUUUGGAGGUUUUGAAUUACCUUGGGGCUUUGGAUGAUGAAGGAAACCUGACAAAAUUGGGCGAAAUCAUGAGUGAGUUACCCCUAGAUCCUCAAAUGGCAAAAAUGCUCGUUGUUAGCCCAGAAUUCAACUGCUCCAAUGAGAUUCUUUCUGUAUCUGCCAUGCUAUCAGUACCCAACUGCUUUAUCCGGCCUAGGGAGGCUCAAAAAGCUGCGGACGAAGCGAAGGGUCGUUUUAGUCACAUUGAUGGAGAUCACCUCACGCUGCUGAAUGUAUACCAUGCCUACAAGCAAAAUCAGGAGGAUCCACAGUGGUGCUAUGAGAAUUUCAUCAAUCAUAGGGCUCUCAAGUCUGCAGACAAUGUAAGGCAGCAACUAGCACGCAUUAUGGCUAGAUUCAACCUCAAGCUAUGUAGCACAGACUUCAACAGCCGUGACUACUACAUCAACAUAAGAAAGGCCAUGUUGGCUGGCUAUUUCAUGCAGGUGGCGCAUAUGGAACGCACCGGUCACUAUUUGACAGUGAAGGACAAUCAAGAGGUUCACCUACACCCUUCAAACUGCCUGGACCAUAAGCCAGAAUGGGUUAUAUACAAUGAAUAUGUGUUAACGAGCAGGAAAUUCAUACGCACAGUGACUGAUAUCAGAGGAGAAUGGUUGAUUGACAUUGCACCGCAUUAUUACGAUAUCACAAAUUUCCCACAGUGCGAAGCAAAGCAUGUUCUUGACAGGCUGUACAAGAAGAAGGAGAGGGAAAGAGGAGAUCAGCAUAACAAGAAAAAGAAGUGAAAGGGGCCUUGCCGGCGUUGCGGGGGGUGUCUUGGGAUUCAAUACAUUGUCUCUCUCCCUCCCUCUAUGAUGAUGGGAUGGAUUUAUUGGUGUUUUCUUUGAGAAGAUGAGAGGACUUAUCUUUUGUACCAUUCAGAUUCAGGAAUAUAGGUUCGUUUUAAGGUUCGUUUUAAGGUUCUAUUAGUAUACUAGAGCCUCGUUUAGAAAUGGUGUUUUCAAUUAAUGUUUAAGGUUAUUAUUUAAUACUAUAUGUGUUUGAGUGUAUUUGUCUAAUCUUGUUUGUUUCAUACAAAUUGGAUAAAUUCUGGGCAUCAAU